ACCUCCGGCAGCUGUGUUGCUCGCUGACGUCAUUUCACCACAGCGUUUGGCGGCUGUUGAGAGACAGAGAUGGCUGGAGCAAUACAAAGCAAACGUGUCAUACCAAUGGGUGGUGACUAUGGAAAUGCUAAGAUCGCUAGAAAGUAUUCGUGCGCUAAUUUGUUUUAUUUUUUACACCUUUAUAAACUACUUUUUACGACCUUUUUAACGGUACAGUUAUUAUAAAUUAACAAGUGUAAAUUUUGGUUCUAUUUGUUUACAUUUCUAAACAUAUUUUAUUAAAUUAGAAUUUCAAUUUUUUGUGUUUUGCUGUGUUAUAUAGCCACCUUGGUUACGGAACAACAUUCGUGUCAACAACGGCGAGAUAUCAACAAAUUUGUAAACUCCGAUCGCAGUCCAACGUAGCAAAUGGUCCGCUUUUGGGUUAAUUUUUGGUCUAUUAAAUUGUCUUGAUCAUUUCCUGUGUUAAAUGUAACCAAGUGUGUAUAUUUCAGUAACGCAUACGCAUUAAGUAAAGAAUCGGUGCAAUGAACGAAGAAUCCCAAGUAUGGACGGACGAUCAGUCGAACGCAUCUUCAGAUUGUAGCGAUAGUAGCUGUGACUCGCGAUCGCACGAAUGGGGCCAGUACAUCGUGAACAAUUGCCUGUUCUUCGUCAAAUUCGAUCUCGUAUGCCACGCAAAACCUGCCGUCUUCGAUGAUGAUCUGUUUUUCCGCAACGAAUAUCGACGCUUAUCGAUUCGGAAAAAGGAAAGCAUUCUGUCGCGGUUCGGUCAGAAGGAUAAGGGCAAACAUAAGCUGUUCCGUGUGAGCGUUAUCGAUACGACGAAAAAGGAACACAUUAAUGGUAUACAGAAGGAUGUCAUCAUUAGUAUUGCACCGAAGAAAAACGUCCCACUCAAGGAGGUGCUGCCACUGACGGAAACAAUAUUGGGGCUUACAACGAGCCUGUUUCCCGAUGGCCGGAAACUGAUGGUGGAUAAGAUCAAGGAUUAUUCGGUGUUUGCCAAAGCCAAGCUGGUAAAAUCGAAAGAUUGGAUUAAGUCUAUCGACACCGAGCAGGUAACGGUGGACAAUUUCGAAUCCCUGCUCGAAGGAUCGACAAAGAUCCCAACGAUCGUGAAAAUUUCAUUCUUUGAAAUGAUCGAACCAGACAUCAGUAAUGCGAUCGAAAUCAAGAUUACAAACUUUAUGGAUCUGAUCCAGAGCCAGGAAACACUGUUCGACAAGGAAGACAUACAGUCGAUGAGCAAUAACGAUCUCAUCUUCAGCAUGAUCUACAUAUCGAAAGAGUACACACAAAACGAUGAGCUAGACGUCAAGUUUUGCUACCCAACGCGAGAGAACAACUAUCUGUUCAACUCCCGGGGCAGCUUCGUGACGUUACAUUCCAUUUUCAACCAAUCGUUUGGCCAGCAGUCGAUCAUGACGAAUUUGAAGAUCAAAAAUGUGCUGUACUACACGACGUACACCGUGCUGGAGGAUGGCAUAUUGCUGCUUGGUUUCAGCUCAAAGUACUCCUCGGUAUUUGCCGUAAAGCAGAAAAGUGAGCAGAUCUGUCGGUUUUUAAACGCUCUCUACCAGUCUGGCACCACCAUGUUCAACAGGCCGAUCGAGCAGCAAACGGAGCUGAUGCAGUUGUGUGAAAUGAUACGCCACUCGAUCAAAGCGAACAGGAAUUGCGACAAGUUCGAGAAAACGUUCCCACAGGCACACUUUGUACCGCUGCCGAAAGAGAUACAGCUGCGCAUUGACGAUGCGCUCGGUGAGCUGGAAGCGAUGGACUAUCGCAACUGGAAUGAUGAUUUCGUCGAUCUGUUCUGUCUGCUCACCGUGAUCGGCUGUGCACUGUACUACAAGCAGCACUUGAUAUGUACGCAUCUGAGCGGCGAGUACAUGAUGGACGUGGAGACAAUGUUAAAAAAUCUGGGCGUGUUUGAAAUUCUUACCACAACGGAUGUGAAAAACAUGGCCAUAUGGCGAAAGUUUUACCCGAAGCAGUACUGUGAGGAUGGUUUCCACGAGAAGAACGAUGCCUAUCUUAUGCUCGUUUCGAUCGGCAAUCUGCUGAUGGUAGUGGUGCUCGAAGUGCCCAUCAAUACGACACACAACAAAUCGUUUUCGCGCUACGUCGAUGAAAUACAGGACAUGUUGAGCUACUUUAAAUCGACCGGUAUUGAAAAUCUUAUUCGCAUCUGGAUCGAUUCGAAUAGACGCCCGCAAUGCAUACCGACAAACGUUGGUAAACAGACGGGUGGCGAUCAAGUAGCAGCACACGAGGACCGAACGCAACAGAUUCGAAGCCAUGACGAGGAAUCAAACGCUUCCAGUUCGAUCAAGAAUCAAGUCCUGCGGGAGGAACAUAAUGCGGAACCUGAGGAUGAUGAUGAUUCCGACUGGGGUCAGAGUAUGGAUAGUAGCCAGAGGAGCAGCAGCUUCGACAUUACUGAUCUGUCCGAGAAUCGAUGUAAGGAAUUUUCGGAACUCAUUCCAACCCAACUAACAACCGGGCUGGACAAUCUUCUGUUCUACUACGUACAGCUGGAGGUAGGUGAUGGGUACUUUCUAGCGCCCACGAUCAAUAGUGCGAACGCGAAAAAUGACAUCGUUAUGAAUCUGUUCCGGAAAACGUGCACACUUAUACAUGCCACCUUUGAAAAUACGAAAAAGUUUCGCAACCUCCUAUCGCGAGAAUCGACCAAGCUGAACACGCAACGAUCGCUGGUAGCGAUCAAGGAGCAGGGUAUGCUGCUAUCCGUCCCAAAAGAUCAUGGAUCGGGCGAGCGGGUCGAAUUUUGGGUUGUCGGACGGCUUUUCCACAGUCCGGCCAAAGAGCUGUACGUGUGCCAUCGUGCCGAUGCGCCACAAAACAUGGUAGAGCUGGCUUUUCGUAUCUGUUUAACAUGUGCUGGUUAGAGGCACGUAUUUACUGCUAGUGCAUUUAAUAACAAUCCAAUCCGAGCCUUUUAUCUUAAGCUACACAAAUUAUAUGGACUGAUGUUUUGCAUUUAACAACGUUUGUAGUGGUAGGAUAUAGUUGAUUAAGACAUGAAAUGUCCAGUUUUACUUUAACUUAUUAACGGGCUUUACCCCCACAGACGAAUGUCGCACAAUAAACGCCAGCGAAUGGAAAGUU